AUGUCGGUGCUGGAGGACGAGCCAGAGCCUGUCCGCAAGCACAAGUCUAGGAAGAGCGAGGCGAGGGUCCUUCGAGGACGAAGGUCCGUACAUGCGCUCGGCUACGGUCGGGAGCGCCAGACUAAUUGGUGCGGUGCGCAGGCUGAGAAGGCAACGAAGGGCAGGAAACGGAAAGAGCCUGCGAAGGAGUUAUCGAAGGACGAGGAGGCGAUCAAGCGGCUCAAGGUGUGCUUCGCCUUGUGGUCUCUUGUGGCUGGACUCGCGCUGACGGCGCGUAUAGUCGUUUGUCGUGGCGUGCGGGUGCGCAAAGUCUGGUCGAAGGAGCUCAAGGGCCUCGACAAGCCGUCCGAGCAGAUCCGUCAUCUCCGCAAGAUGCUCAUGGACCUGGGCAUGAAAGGCGGAUGA